CCCGGAAAUCUCGCGAUGGAAGGAAGAGGAGGUACAACUACCCCAGAAAUGCCCCAACAAGAAGAACCGAUGACAUUUCCUCCUACUAGUUUGGAAGUGGAAGGCCACAACUUGAAGAGAAGCAAUUGGGGCAUUUUAUGUACUGGGAUUGUUGGGGGGGCUCUAGUGGCUGUGUACGCUAUAGCUACACCAUUUAUUACGCCAGCCCUCCGAAAAGUUUGUUUGCCUUUUGUACCUGCAACCUCGAAGCAGAUUGAAAAUGUCAUGAGGAUGCUGGGACACAGGAGAGGCUCUCUGGUGGACAUUGGCAGUGGUGAUGGACGCAUUGUGAUAGCAGCAGCAAAGGAAGGCUUCACAGCUGUUGGUUAUGAAUUAAAUCCCUGGCUAGUUUGGUACUCCAGGUACCGCGCAUGGCAAGAAGGUGUGCAUGGCUCCGCCAAGUUUUACAUUUCAGACCUGUGGAAGGUUACCUUUUCGCAGUACUCAAAUGUGGUUAUUUUUGGCGUGCCCCAGAUGAUGCUGCAGUUGGAGAAGAAACUUGAACUUGAACUUGAGGAUGAUGCAAGAGUCAUUGCUUGCCGGUUCCCUUUUCCUCACUGGACACCAGACCACAUCACUGGAGAGGGGACAGACACUGUGUGGGCCUAUGAUGUGAGCACUUUUCGAGGAAGGGGAAAGAGCCCUGAAAAUUGAGCACCUUCCAUUGGUCAUUCAGAUAGAAGCCUCACUAAAAAUCUUUUUCUGAGUAAAGAUUUCAUAGAUACUUAGAGCUGUGUCCUCAGCUAAAGAUUCUUACUUACAGCUGUAAGCUAAAUACACAGCUGUCAGUGAACAUGUUUUUCUUUAAUGAAGAAUGCAGAUCACUAUUCUUCCUGUAGCUUCUAGAGAAAACCGGAGUUAAGAAAACAAGUAGACUUAAAAUCUACUUUCAUUGGAAUAUUCCAAUAAAUGUGCUGUCUUUUCAUA